UGAACUUUAAUAUAUAUAUAUAUAUAUAUAUUCAAACUGACUGGGGUCUGGCCAUAUCUAGGUAAGAGAAACCAUGCAUUAUAUAUAGAAGCAUCAAUUGCCUGUAAGAAUUAAAAAUUAACAAUCCUAAAGAUUAAUACUUAGUUGAUUGCGAGCAUGGUGAUAGCGCGCACGAGAUCCCUUCAACAUGUUUAUGUGCUUGUUACAGUGCUCCUGUUUUUAGUGCACAUCAAACCAUCCCUCCACUUCAAGCAUGGAUGCAUCGAAAGGGAGAAAAAGGCACUCCUUAGGAUGAAAGAUGACCUGAUUGAUGACUAUGGUGUUCUUUCUUCUUGGGGGAGAGAAGAAGACAAAAGAGAUUGCUGCAAAUGGAGAGGCAUCGCUUGCAGCAACAGAACGGGUCACGUUAUAGAGAUUGCUCUUACUUACGAGAAGCCCCUGAGAGGUAAGAUAAGCAAUUCCUUGCUUGAACUGAGACAUCUUACUUACUUAGAUUUAAGUGGCAAUGAUUAUGGUGUAACUCAGUUCCCAGCUGAUAAUAAUGGUUCCCUCUCCAAGUUGCGACACUUGGAUCUGCAUAACGCUAACUUUGCUGGAGCCGUCUCUUCUCUGCUUGCCAAUCUCUCCAGCUUGGUGUAUCUUGAUCUGAGUAAGAAUCAUUUUCAUGAUUUAGAAAACAUUGAUUGGCUUCUUGGUCUUUCUUCUUUAAGUUACCUUGAUCUGGGCGGCAAUUCCCUUGUUAGGCCCAGUGAUUGGUUGCAAAUAGUUAACAAACUCCCUCAACUAGAAACCUUGAGCCUGUCCUCGUGCUUUUCUGGGGAUGGGAUUCCUCUGACUCUUUCCCCAAUCAAUUAUUCAUCAUCCCUUACUACCCUCGAUAUCUCUUAUAAUAACCUUGUGAUUCCUUCAAUAUACCCAUGGUUGUCUAACAUCAGUCGAUAUAUUGAAAAAUUGACCCUCUCUUCCAACCUUUUACAAGGUUCAACUCUAGCUGAAAUUGGGAACAUGAUUUCUCUUCAAGAGCUUUAUCUUUCUAAUGCUACAAUUGUGGGUCCUAUUCCAAAAUCCUUCGGAAACAUGUCCGAUUUGCAUUUUUUAGACCUAUCGGACAACAAUAUCAGCGUACCACUUCCUGACUUGAUUCAAAAUCUAUCUGGUUACACGGAAAAAUCACUGGUGGCUUUAAGGUUGGAUGGAAAUCAAUUAACGGGUUCAUUGCCUGAUCUUACAAGAUUUUCAUCUUUAAGCCAACUAUAUCUCGGAAAUAAUCGCUUGAAUGGGACCAUAGAGAAAAGCAUCGGAUAUCUAUCCAAGCUCCAAGCUUUGGCACUUGAUUGGAAUUCAUUAAAUGGAGUCAUAUCCGAAGACCAUUUUUCAAAUCUGUCCAACUUGAAAGAGUUGGAUUUAUCUGGUAACUCCCUCAUUUGGAAUGUGAGUCUCGACUGGGUUCCUCCAUUUCGUCUAGAAACAUUAAGUCUUCCAUCCUGCAAUUUGGGACCUCAUUUCCCUAAAUGGCUCAGGACUCAGAAGAAUUAUUAUUGGCUGGAUAUCUCUGACUCUGGAAUUUCUGAUUCCAUUCCCAGGUGGUUCUGGGACUUGUCUUUUGCUCCUUACUAUCUAAAUAUUUCCCAUAACAAUUUGAGUGGGACGGUGCCUCAUAUUUCAUUCCAACUUUAUUUUCUUAAUAUUCUCAUUAUUGAUAUAAGUUCCAAUCGUUUCCAUGGUCCAUUGCCUUUGCUUUCAUCUACUCCAAGUUCUUCGUUUUUUAUAACUGAAGUAAUAGAUUCACCGUUCAUCUACCUUGACCUCUCAGGAAACCUCUUUUCUGGAGUAAUUCAUGAUAGUUUGAUUCUCAUGAAAGAUCUCGUGUUUUUGAAUUUGGCUAAAAACAAUCUGUUUGGUAAAAUUCCGCCCUCCAUAGGAUCACUUUCGAAACUUGAAACACUGAUGUUAGGCAACAAUGCCUUAUCGGGAUCAUUACCUUUGUCUUUAAAGAAUUGCACUAGGUUGAAAUUCAUUGACCUGCGUGGUAACAAAUUGUCCGGAAAUGUACCCACUUGGAUUGGAGAAAGCCUAACCUCUUUGCAAUAUCUGAGCCUAAAAUCCAAUAAGUUCUAUGGAAGCAUCCCCUCGCAACUGUGUCAAUUAAAACAAGUUCAAAUCUUGGACCUCUCUGUAAAUGAUAUCAAUGGAACCAUACCAUACUGCCUCAAGAAUUUAAGUGCCAUGGUUGAUGGGAAUUCAACUAAAACAAUCGAUCAUCAAUAUGUUGGGACAACAGAUGGUUCUGUGGCGUAUGCUUAUAUUGACAGAGCAUUGAUUCUUUGGAAGGGACAGAAUUACGUGUGCGACAAAAAUCUAGGACAAUUUAGGAUAAUUGACCUUUCAAGCAAUGAAAUUGGGGGAGAGAUUCCAAGGGAAAUAUCAAGCCUCUCACAGCUUCAUCAAUUAAAUUUGUCAAAUAACAAGUUGAUUGGUGCAAUCCCUGAAGAGAUUGGUUGUUUGAAGAUAUUGGAAUCACUUGAUCUGUCUCAAAAUCAGCUAUCAGGCAGACUUCCUGCUAGCAUGGCUGAUUUAAAUUUUCUCAACACCUUGAACUUGUCAUAUAAUAAUUUGUCUGGGAGGAUUCCAUCAAGUACUCAGCUUCAGGGAUUCAGUGCUUCUUCAUUUUCUAAUAAUUUUGCACUUUGUGGGGAGCCUCUUCAACAAAAGUGCCCGGGAGAUGAUACUCACGUUUCACAACCCAACAUUGAUGGCCGAUACAAUCAAGAAGACAAAGAUGAAUUCUGGAAAUGGUUUUAUGCUGGCAUGGGUCUCGGAUUCACUGUAGGCUUCUGGGGAGUAUCGAGCACUUUACUGUUAAAGCGUUCUUGUAGACAUGCCUUUUUCCAACUCUUGGACAAAUUGGGAGAUUGGGUUUAUGUGAGAACAGCAGUGUACAAGAGAAGAUUGCAACAGAAAUUUCGUAGCUAGGAUUCAUCCCUUCUUCUGAAAUGGUUGCCAAGGACCUCCUGCUGCUGCUGCCGCCGCUGUUGUUUCUGAAAAAAAUUAGUUCCUUUUUCCUAUGGCGAAAUUCCGUAUAAAUAGUGUGGUUUUAGCCGGUUGCUUCAGUAUUAGCUUGUUGCUCAUCAUUAUGUUUAUAUAUUGCUUCUUCAAGAAUGUAAUAAUGAUUUUUGUUUCAUGAAUCCUUUAGUUGGCUAUUUGUACUAUUUUCUCUGUCAUGAUAACGAGAGACUAUUAUUAUGUUAACUAAACAAUAUUUAGUGCA